AUGGAUUUGGAAGUUAAAGGAGUUGCUGCAUCCCCUCAAAGGCAGGCUCAGCUGUCAUCAAGGGGGAGGAAACGUCAGGGCUGGAGACCAGAUACAAGUGCUACUCAUGGCCCUCGCCCACCAGAGAGCUCCUGUUGGGGAGUGACGAGAAGCCAGGAUGGGCUUGCUAGGAGUGAAGGGCCUUGCAGGGUCUGGGGUACCCUGCAGCUGGGGAAGAGGGUACCAUGCCUAGAUCUAGGAAGGCUGGGAGAUUCUGAUGAAGAGGAUGGGGACUCUUACAUCCCAUAUAGUGGGAGUUAUCCUCAUACAUGCUCUCUGGAUUCACCUUCAGAUUGGAGAACAUCAUUACAAAUGCCAUAUGCACAGCAUCAUCGGGCUCAACAGCAUUCUGUUUUGGAGCAGAAGACAAUACCAGAAAAUCUGCCAUCCCCAACAGACAGAUACAAACUGAAGUAUCGUCAGUAUGAAACAGAUAUGAAGGAGGAAUAUAAGCAGUAUUCUCAGAGAAUUGCAGAAAAGAAGAAAGACCACCUCCAAUGUUCAGAAGCUUCAAUAAAGUUCACGUCUACUCUAAGCGUGAAGAUUAGCAUGAUUGAUAGGGAAGAGUUUGCAGCCUAG